UUCUCGGGGAAGAGUUCCUGAACCUCGACGGUAUCGACGACACGGUGCCUUUCCCAGAUCUCGUCUCUGCCACGCCAGAUCAGGCCGCCCUCUAUCCCAUCAGUCCAGACAAGACCCCCAUUACCUAUAACUCUGGUGUGUUUGGUGACACGAAAUCAUCCCACUCGACGACAGCCAACCCGAUCUUGGGGCGCGACGCUGUUACACAGUCGGCCGCGCAUUCGGUCGACUCGAGCCAGACGGCACCACAACUUACUCCAGAUACCAACGACGGAGGCUGGUCCGGAGACGAGAAUCCCGUCGCUUUCGCCUCAUUGGCCAUGAUCAGCCCACGGGUGACUGUCUCGGAGUGGGAGUCUGCCGGGCGGGCACACGAUGCCGAACCUCCCGUCGCUGUUCUUGGAAGUCCAUUAACAGUAAGGGCUCCGCGCAGUGCUGCCGGCGACUUUGCCGGCCACAUAGCAGAAUCAAGCCUGUCUGGGGUGUCAAGAAACGCCCACGGCAGUGACGGCUCUUCUUCUUCUUCCGGCGGCCGACAAGGCAUAGCUCCCGGCCAAAGAGCCACUGGUGAGUUGGGCCAAAGCAUCAACCAGCAGGCUGCAAAGCGCGAGGUCGAGGAGAAGAACCAAGGUGUGCAAGCAUGGAUCACGAGAUCCCGCAGCGCAUCAAUCGACCCUCAUUUCGUCGAAAAACCAGCAGAAAAGGUGGAGCUCGGCGACGACAACGUCUCACCACGUGAGAUUCCCCUGGGUGAUCAGACAGUCAAUCGCCACAUAGAAGGGCAAAUGUAUUAUAAUGCUGCCGGGCGUGGUCCUGUGAACGAGACGGACAUUCAAAUCAUGAGAGGGACCAUGCCCUGGGAAACGGGCCUACGAAUGCAGCCGAUCCAGACCGAGCGUACUGUUCCAGAGACAGCACAGGAAGCUAUGAUCAGGCUCCAGAAGCAGCAGCAGUUUGACAGUGCCUCUAUCGUGUCGAGAGCCGCGACCUGGGGAACUCGUCGCCGCAGUCUUCCAAGCGUCAUCGACGUGGAAGGCGUGGUCAGCGGUAAUUUCCUCAAGAAGCUCUCCAUCAGUGGCAAGGACAGCCAUGCUCGGCGACCCAGUCUCAUUUCCAGAAUUCCGAGUCUCGUCAGGAAGUCCAGCACCAAUCAACGAAAGCGCAGACCAACCACCACGACAGAGACCUCAUCUGACCAGACAGAACAGCACUACGAACCAGAACGCCGCGAGUCCAAAGAUAGCCUCGCACCGCCGAGUCGCUCGCCGAGUUGGGGUUUCAACCGGAAGCCGGUGCCCAGUCUCGACACGGCCAUUCUCGGCAUGGCGGCUGGAGCAGCUUCUAUCGGCUCGCAGCAUCACACCCGCACUGGAUCUGUCAGCGCCGCAUCGAUGUCUUCGCCCAAAAGUCCAUUCGGUGGCUUCAGCGCUCUCGGCGUGCCACCCAUCAAAAACACUCUGCGCCGACCGCGUAGUAAGACUGAGCUCACAACGAACAGUCGUGGCGACGCGCCCAGUGCGCUGGUCGGCCUACUCAAGGCGCAGGGCGGUCCACCUGUCGCUCAGCUCGCCAAGAGCCGUACAAAGCCUGAAGUUGACGAUGAUGAAGAUGAUGCAGAUGAGGAUGAGGAUGAUGACGCGCAGCUCCAACUUGACGCCCGGGUCGAGAUCAUUCCCACCUUGGAAGGGUUCAAACAGCAUAUUGUGCGUCUCAACCCAGCCAUGCUCAGCGCAGACGGGCAGGUAAACGACAACAGUCGAUAUCUUGUGGACCGUGUCGCACAUUCCAUGAUGAUACGCUACAAAGCUCUUUGCCAGCUCAAGGUCAAACAUCUUGCUACUAUCAGCACGGGAAAAUGUCAGAGCGGGCGCAUGUGCAUUGCGCAAGGAGGAUCCGCCAAAAUCCUAGAAGCACGGCCUGAUCCUCGAUCCGAUGGAGACAGCCCUCUCGAUGCGCUGAGUAGCGAGAAUUUUCCGACCGGUAUUCCUAUGCCACCGACAAGCUCUCUGCCUGCAGAGUUCGAGUGUCAGUUGUGUUUCAACAGCAAGAAGUUUACCAAACCAUCAGACUGGACAAAGCAUGUGCACGAAGAUGUUGCACCUUUCACCUGUACUUGGGACCGGUGCCGAGACACCAAGCUGUUCAAGCGCAAGGCGGAUUGGGUGCGCCACGAGAACGAAGGCCAUCGCCAUCUCGAGUGGUGGACGUGCGACGUAGAGGAUUGCCGCCACAUCUGCUAUAGGCGAGACAACUUUCUGCAACAUCUUGUUCGCGAGCACAAGUUCCCCGAGCCCAAAGUCAAGACCAAGGCAGACGUCAAACGAGCCGGCGCCUCUGAUCCAACAUGGUCCAAAGUCGAGCAGUGCCACACCGAGACCGGUGUAAAGCCUAUGGAGGAGCCAUGUCGAUUCUGCAACAAGACUUUUCCAACAUGGAAGAAGCUCACUGUCCACCUUGCAAAACACAUGGAGCACAUCAGCCUGCCUGUCCUGAAGUUGGUGGCCGCGAAAGACCUUGAUGCAGACACGCUCAUCAGCCCUGUGCAAGACCCGCCUCCGGUCAACUUUGGAUCUCUGAACAAUGCACAGCCUCAGGUCAAACAGGAGCCCAGAGGCUAUGACAUGUCUGGCCAAUUCGUGGCAACAACGCCGGGUGAUCUCACUUAUGCUCAACAACAUGAAUUCGGCAUCGGUAUGAUGCCAUCAACCACCUACGCGCAGCCGAUGGAUUCAUCCUACUACGCGGAUCCUGGAUUGGGUCAGCAACCAGGCUUCAUGCUGAACCAGGUCCCGCACGACAUGGCACAGGCACAGGCACCGUACCAAAUGGCAGUCACUAAUGGCGCGCAUUUUGAUGGUACAAGCUCCUUUGUGAACAUGGCCAACCCGGAUAUGGAGGCGUUUCCAAACUUUCAGACCAAUUCGCUGGGCAUUCAAAAUGCGCCAGGGCAAGCUUUGGUCUACGAUGGGCUCAUGGCCAAUCCGAAUGUGCAGACAAUGCACCCGUCGGUGCCACAGUACAGUCACCAGGGGUCGGCCUCGCCAUACUCCCGGUCACCUCACCAGGGCCCUAUGCAAUUCUAUCCCCAGUAAGGAAGGAUGUCGUGGUUUGAAAUUUGUGGGUGCGCAGCGUUCGAUUAGGAUUUACGGAAAUGGUUUUAGAUACACUAUACGUUUUGACCUUCAGAUGAGGAGCAUUUAGACUGCACUGGGGGCUUUUCUCCAGCACAUCAACAAUGAUGAUUUACGGACUCACAAUAUAUGCUCUUUGUUUCUACGCCGACCUGUUCGUGGAGCGUCAUACAAAUCAGUGAGGAUGCGGGAUCUGCGCAGUUCCACCGUGAAUGGGGUUGAAAGGAGCUCUGACAUUCACGGGCCUAAAGGCGCGCAGCGAUCGCC